AUGCCUUCCGCAGCAUACACCGAGGUUUACCAGAAGGUCAGCAAGAUGGGCGAGAAGCUCAAGGCUGCUGGCAAGCAGGGCCCUAGCAACGACGAGCAGCUCAACCUCUACGCCUACGCUAAGAUCGCCGAGGGCAAGGACUUCAGCGCUGCCGAGAAGCCUGGCAUGUUCAACCUCGCUGGCAAGGCCAAGUACAACAAGUGGCAGGAGGCCGUCAACGCUGGCCUGAGCCAGAAGGACGCCGAGGACAAGUACAUUGCGCUUGGCAACGAGCUGCUCAAGAAGCACGACAACUAG